AUGCACGCGCAACCUGUCGACCGCGAGGCAGUCGCACCGGUCGCGACUGACGAGGGGGUAGAUGUCGGAGACGUGCAGCUGCUGGCACGCAUGGGCUACAAGCAGGAACUUCGCCGGCAGUAUUCCACCCUGCAGGUUUUUGCAAUCGCAUUCAGCAUCAUGGGCCUAGUGCCCUCGAUCGCGUCGACACUCUCGUUCUCUCUUCCUGCAGGUCCGGUCGGCAUGGUCUGGGGAUGGUUCACAGCGAGUAUAUUUAUCUUUUUGGUUGGGUUGGCAAUGGCUGAUCUCGCGUCUGCCAUGCCCACAGCCGGAGGACUCUAUUGGUGGACACAUUAUUUCGCUGGACCGAAAUGGAAGAGCCCAUUGAGUUUCUUGAUUGGAUAUAGCAACACAUUGGGAUUGAUCGGUGGCAUAUGUUCGGUGGACUACACCCUCGCACUCAUGAUCCUCUCCUGUGUCUCUAUAUCACGGGGAGAUGGAUGGUCCGCCUCGCGCGGCGUGAUCUAUGCGGUUUACGUCGGUCUAAUACUCUUCCAUGGGCUAUGCGGCUCCUUGGGUGGACGCGCGAUGCCAAAAAUCCAGACAUUUUGCAUCUAUAUCAACAUUGCCCUCGUUGUUGCAACUGUCAUCGCUCUGCCAGUUGGAAAAGUGACGCGAGGUGGAUCCCUCAACUCGGGCCAGUAUGUCUAUGGUCAUACCGAUAAUGAGACCACAUGGCCGACUGGAUGGGCAUUUAUGCUGGCAUGGCUCGCUCCGAUCUGGUCAAUAGGCUCCUUUGACUCUUGUGUACACAUGAGCGAAGAAGCUCUUCAUGCAUCCAAGGCUGUUCCUCUCGGAAUCAUCUGGUCGGCGGGCUCUGCAUUUGUGCUUGGCUUCUUGGUACUGUCUGUCAUUGCUGCUACUAUGAACCCGGAUGUAAGCGCGACAAUCAGCACCAAGUUCGGUCAGCCAAUGGCUCAGAUUUACUAUGAUGCAUUAGGAAGAGACGGUGCAUUGGCAUUCAUGGCUGUACUCUGCGUCAUUCAGUUCCUCAUUGGUCUCAGCUUAAUUGUCGCUGCUUCUCGCCAAGCAUGGGCCUUUUCUCGUGAUGGCGCACUGCCAUUUUCUAGGUUCUUCCGUCACGUCAGUAAGCGCAUCCAGUACCAACCAGUGCGCAUGAUAUGUGGCCUGGUAGUUGUCUCUAUCCUGUUGGGUCUGCUAUGUCUGAUUAACUCAGCAGCCGCAAACGCCCUAUUCUCACUAUUUGUAGCAAGCAACUACCUAUCAUGGGGUACCCCGAUCUUCUGCCGCUUGGUCUGGGGUGAGGAUCGGUUCAUCCCGGGCAAGUUUUAUACCGGCCCCUUCAGCAGGCCCAUUGCUUGGGUGGCCGUUGUCUAUCUUCUUUUCGGUGUUAUCUUGUCUAUGUUUCCCACCGAGGGUCCCAGCCCAACUCCACCGAACAUGAAUUACACCGUCGUAAUCAACGGCUUUGUUUGGUUCGGUUGUAUGGCUUAUUAUUCCCUUUUUGCACGGCGAUGGUACACCGGACCCCAGAUGACUGUCGGCGAGAAUACUUCUACUGUUUCAGACAAUAGCUUCGCUCCAGUUCCUCAUCUAUUCUCUACCGACGAACCCGCAUCUUUGGAUCAUAAGGAAUAA